AAAAUCCUGAAGAAUGGCUCUACCUACCUCCAAGUAUCUGGCUGAAAAUGUCAUUUUUCUUCUGUUUGUAAUCUCUUCUGUAAGCACAGCAGAAGCAGCUGUCGCAUGUCCUGAUAAGGAUCCUGAGUUAGAAAACUGGAACCCAGGUCACAACGAAGAAAACCGCAUUGAAAUCCGUAAUGGCAGGAAGCUCCUUCUCUCUUCUUCUGCCACUGUCCACUCUAUCCACAUCACUGACGGAGGAAAACUGGUCAUUAAAGACGAUAUGCAGCCUAUCAUUUUGCGUACUAGACAUAUACUCAUUGAAAAUGAUGGAGAGUUACAUAUCGGCAGUGAGAUGUGCCCUUACCAAAGCAAUGUGGUUAUCAUCUUAUAUGGGCGGGCGGAUGAUGGCAGCGAGCCGAAUCCUUACUUUGGGCAGAAGUAUCUUGGAGUAAGUAAGGGUGGCACUCUUGAGAUCCACGGAGAGAAAAAGCUGUCCUGGACUUUCUUAAACAAGACUCUUCAUCCUGGUGGCAUGGAAGAAGGUGGAUAUUAUUUUGAAAGGAGCUGGGGCCAUCGGGGUGUCAUUGUCCAUGUUAUUGACCCAAAGACGGGGGCAGUUGUCCAUUCAGAUCGGUUUGAUACCUACAGAGCAAAAGAGGAAAGCAUACGUCUUGCCCAGUAUUUGGGCAAAGUUGCGAAUGGCAUGAUCCUGUCGGUUGCAGUGAACGAUGAAGGAUCUAGAAACUUGGAUGACUCGGCCAGGAAAGCAAUGACCAAACUGGGCAGCAAGCAUUUCCUCCACCUUGGGUUUAGGCACCCGUGGAGUUUUAUUACUGUUAAAGGAAAUCCCUCCUCUUCUGUUGAAGACCACAUUGAAUAUCAAGGUCACAAAGGGUCAGCUGUGGCCAAAGUAUUCAAACUAUUCAAAGCUGAGAAUGGAGAACAUUUUAAUGUCUCUUCAACUAGUGAGUGGGUUCAAGAUGUAGAAUGGACAGAGUGGUUUGAGAAGCCUGAUAAAGCGAGAUCUAAGGACAUGGAGAAGCUUUCUGACUUCAAAGCUGCUCAUCCUGAUAAAAUCUGUAGGCAACCCAUUGACAUCCAGGCAAUGACACUUGAUGGAGCUAAUUUAACAACUGAGGUUUUCUACAAGAGUGGCCAUGAUUACAGGUUUCUGUGCCAUGGCAAGGACCAGACGGGCGAGGGCUGCCAGAACUACAGAGUACGGUUCCUGUGUGGCAGAUCUGUGAAACCAAAGCUUACGGUAACCAUUGACACCAAUGUGAACAGCACGAUCCUGAAUCUGGUGGAUGACGUGAGCUCAUGGAAACCCGGAGACAGGCUGGUGGUUGCAAGCACUGACUACUCCAUGUACCAGGCAGAGGAGUUCCAAGUACUGCCGUGCAGAGCCUGCAGACCCACCCAGGUCAAGGUAGCAGGGAAAGCAACAUACCUCCACAUCGGUGAAGUCGUUGAUGACGUCGACAUGCGGGCAGAAGUGGGGCUGCUGAGCCGCAACGUCGUGGUGAUGGGCGAGAUGGAGGAGAGGUGCUAUGAGUACAGCAGCAAGUUAUGCUCCUUCUUUGAUUUCGACACCUUUGGGGGACACAUCAAGAUUGGUCUUAAUUUUAAGGCUACACAUAUUGAAGGUCUGGAACUGAAAUACAUGGGCCAGCAGACAAUGGGACAUUACCCAAUUCACUUCCAUAUGGCUGGAGAUGUGGAUGAGAAAGGAGGCUACAACCCUCCAACGUACGUGAAGGAUGCCUCCAUCCACCAUACCUUCUCCCGCUGUGUCACAGUCCAUGGAUCCAAUGGUUUACUGGUGAAGGAUGUUGUGGGUUAUGAUGCACUGGGCCAUUGCUUCUUUACGGAGGAUGGACCAGAAGAGCGCAACACAUUUGAUCACUGCCUUGGACUGCUUGUUAAACCUAGCACUCUGCUCCCCUCCGACCGAGACAGCAGGAUGUGCAAGCUGAUCACGGAGGGCGCUUACCCGGGAUACAUCCCUAAACCCAGGCAGGACUGUAGCGCUGUAUCCACCUUCUGGAUAGCCAACCCACACAACAACCUUAUAAACUGUGCAGCUGCGGGAUCUGAAGAAACAGGCUUUUGGUUUGUUCUGCACCACGUACCGACGGGGCCCUCAGCGGGCAUGUAUUCCCCCGGCUACUCGGAGCACAUGCCGAUGGGGAAAUUCUCCAACAACCGCGCACAUUCCAACUACCGGGCUGGAAUGAUCAUCGAUAAUGGCGUUAAAACCACUCCAGCCUCUGCCAAGGACAAAAGACCUAUCCUGACACUGAUUUCUGGGAGAUACAGCCCACACAAAGAUGCUGAUCCUUUGAAGCCCAGGGAACCUGCAAUAAUUGAGCACUUUAUUGCCUACAAGAAUCAGGAUCAUGGGGCCUGGCUGCGGGGUGGAGAUGUGUGGCUGGACAACUGCCAGUUUGCUGACAACGGCAUUGGCCUGACCUUGGCGAGUGGUGGGACUUUCCCUCAUGAUGACGGCUCGAAGCAAGAAAUCAAGAACAGCCUAUUUGUUGGUGAGAGUGGAAACCUGGGCACCGAGACGAUGGACAACGAGAUCUGGGGACCUGGAGGUCUGGAUCACAGAGGAAGGACCCUGCCCAUCAGCCCGGAUUUUCCCAUUCGAGGCAUUCAGUUCUACGACGGACCGAUCAACGUCCAGAACUGCACCUUCCGCAAAUUCGCUGCCCUGGAUGGCCGGCACACGAGUGCCCUGGCCUUCCGGCUCAAUAACGCCUGGCAGAGCUGCCCCAACAACAACGUCACUGACAUUCAUUUUGAAGACGUCCCUAUUACCUCAAGGGUCUUCUUUGGAGAACCUGGCCCCUGGUUCAAUGAUCUGGAUAUGGAUGGUGAUAAAACAUCAGUUUUUCAUGAUGUAGAUGGUUCUGUGUCAGAAUAUCCAGGCUCAUACCUGAUAAAAGAAGAUAACUGGUUAAUCAAGCACCCUGACUGCAUUGACGUGCCUGAUUGGAGAGGUUCCAUCUGCAGCGGGCACUUUGCACAGAUAUACAUCCAAGCCUACAAGCCAGCCAACCUGAAAAUGAAAAUAAUAAAAAAUGACUACCACAAUCACCCACUCUACUUGGAAGGGGCUUUGAGCAAAAGCACUCAUUACCAGCAGUAUCAGCCAGUUAUAACACUGAGGAAAGGCUACACCAUCCACUGGGACAAGACAGCCCCUGAAGAGCUGGCCAUAUGGCUCAUCAACUUCAACAAGAACGACUGGAUCCAAGUAGGGUUUUGCUAUCCUAAAGGGACGACAUUUUCCAUUCUCUCAGACAUCCACAAUCGUCUCUUGAAGAAAACAUACAAAACUGGAACCUUCUACAAAACCUCUCAAAUGGAGAAACUGGAGCACAGAUAUCCUAGCAAAGGAUACUACUACUGGGAUGAGGACACUGGGCUGCUGUUCCUGAAACUCAAAGCUCAAAAUGAGAAGGAGAAAUUUGCUUUCUGCUCUGUCAAGGGCUGUGAACGAAUAAGGAUCAAAGCUGUGAUCCCAAAGACGGCUGGCAUCAGUGACUGUGCAGCCAUGGCCUAUCCCAAGUACAUUGAGACACCAAUAGUAGAAGUGCCAAUGCCUAAGAAGCUCUCUAGUGCACAACUGAAGACUAAGGACCACCUACUAGAAGUGAAAAUAGAAACUUAUAAGAAACAGUACUUCCACCUAAAGGAUGACUUUGCAUACAUUGAGGUUGACGGUGUCAGGUUUUUCCUCACUGAUGAGGGUAUCCAACUGGUUGUGAUCAAUGGGCAUCAUGGAAAAGUUGUUGAUCGAGUAACAUUCAAAAACUCAAUUCUACAAGGAAUCCCAGCACAGAUAGAAAGUUACGUCAACAACAUCAAAGAUCACUCCAUAGUGCUGGUGACCUCUAAAGGAAGAUACAUUUCAAGAGGACCAUGGACUAAAGUACUGGAGAAACUUGGAGCAGAAGAAGGUUUUAGGUUAAAAGAAAAAAUGGCUUUUGUCGGCUUCAAAGGCAGCUUCCGCCCUGUCUGGGUGAAGCUGGUCACUAAUGAGGACUCAGCUAAAAUCUAUCAAGCACUGCCAAUUCCUGUGGUGAAGAAGAUGAAAUUAUGAGGACACACUGCUCUGCCUUCUGGCUGCCAGCACUGCCCCCGUGGGACGGACUACUGACUGCUCACCACAGGCACCUUGCCAGCCUGCUCCAGAGGUGUAGCAUUUUGUUGUUGUUGUUGCUGUUCAAAAGGAAAUCUUACUGUAAGUAGCUAGAGUGGCCACAUGUGACAGAAAAGCCUUCCUCUGUGAUCAGCGUAUGUUCUGUGAUCACCAGCUCCUCGCCGGUUGACUUGCUCACCGAUGCCAUGUUGACUCUCGUGUUACUAAGCAAGGUUUGACCUGUUUUACAAGGUGCUGGUUUUAUCAGCACCCCUGUGACAGACUAACUUAUGUGCUGCCUCUCGAAGGGGGAGUUCUAGGUCUGAAGGCCAUCAAGGAUUAUUGCUUUUACCAGCCUCUAAGUUGUCCAAACACUUUUUUUUUCCCAUAGUGUAACUAGCUGCUCACAUAAACAUGGAAUGCCAAUUCAAAGGCUGGUUGAAAAUCUAAGAUAGAAAGAGUAUAUUUGAAUGAUUACCUAGAUGCUGGGAAACAUAACUGGACAGUAAGAAUUCAUCCUAAAGCUUCUAUGACGUUUGCUCAAGCUCUUUGGGAUCUGUGUUGUACAUGCUAGCCCACGGCACAUAGUUGGGGAAGAGAUGGGAGAAGGGGCGGAUAAAACAUGCCAGCAGAGACUGAUGAAACCACAUAUUUCUGCCUGCUCAGAAAACUGCAUUUCUCCUAUGGAUCAAGGUUUUUUAAUAGUGGUUGCUCAAAUAGGAAGUUUUCCUUCAACAAGCAGCUGUAGGCUAGAAGGAAAGCAAUGUUAAUUAGCACAUACAUUUUCUCAGCCUUUCCCAUACAGUCCCUCUGUAUAAUAAUGGUCAGGAUCAGUCUGGAGGGUUUAUGGUAGCCAGUCAAAGCCAUCCUGUUCAAGGCUUCCAGGUUUUAUCUGGGAAUACUGGGACUUACCUUAUUCAGCCUCAAAUAGGGUGAGCGGCCCCCGCCUUUCCAGGGAGGUCAGAGGGAACAGGAUCAGACUGCUCUGCUGUGUGUUGCUUUCUGAUCCUGUCCUCAGGCUUAAGGGCACGAGUGUCUUGGUCCUCCUGGAAGGGUUACAUGAGAUCUGGAUGGAAGGUGACAGAGGUCUUAUCAGGUAGCUGAAGUAUUAGAGUGGGAAUCCGCAUGCACUGGUUGGAUGUCUUGUACCUCCUUUCCCCCUUCUUCAGAGCAAUAUCUGGGUAAUGAAGGCAGAUUAGCAUGAAUCGGGACUCCUACGGGGGCAUCUCUUGAAGCUGGGAAAUUAAAUAUUAUCUUGUAAAACAUUGUAAGCACUUCUAGUGUUCAGUGAUAUUUCUGUCUGUUGCUCAGAAAUGCUAUGAAGGCAUCUCUGGAGGCUGUGGCUAUUCUUAAGAAAUCUAAGGGGGAGAGGGGGGCUGUAAAAGAUAGGGUGACGAGCUUUUCAAAGCACAUAGAAUGUCAAUUUUGCCAAUAGUAUCUGGGUUUGUUUCCCCACUUUGUCUCUACCUGUCCCCAUUGCUACAGAAAUUAUUCUAGUUGCUGAUGGUUACUUCUUUUUCCUCUGUUUUAAUUAAAGCUCAUGUAAUUGAGUUGCUUUUUUUCCACAGUAUCCAAAAUGCUAUCUUGCAGCUAGAAUGAAAGAGCAAGGAUUUUGUGUGUCAUUCCAAAGGCUGAGCAGGUGUUGCACUCUGUAAGCCUGGUUUAGAUCAAUUGCUCUGAAAGUCAAAGCAACCAUGAGCAAAAUUUAGAUAAUACUGUAGGUUACAUUCCCCUCAAGCCUCUCCUGGGUUUUGAAACUGGAAAUGUUCUUUUCAGUCUUAUUAUAUAGUUGUUUUGAACUCGCUGAAUGUCAUGUGUAUUGUAUUUAAAAAAAAAAAAAAAGAAAAGUCAAGCUUUCCCUCCCUUGCUUCUCAACAAGAGUCUGAUCAUGGAUGCUCUUUAGGCAUUUGUGCUGUUUCCAGAAUGAAUGGGCAACGCUUGUAAAAGGCAAGUAAGGUGGGUUGUUUUUUCUCCCAGUGUCUUAUGAUGGCUUGGGGGUUUCACAAACUAUUCCUUGAAAAGGUCAGUCUCACUUGUGGUUCAACCAUGAUUAUCCAAAUGUCAUUUAUCUGAUGUUCUCUGAUAGCCAAAAGAGAGCCAGAUCCCUGAAGUCGAGCAAAUAGACUAAAAAAAAGUCCCUUGAGUACGUUAGUCUGGGUUAUCUAAACCUCUUCGCUGUCCUGAGGCAAUUCUGUUGAUAUCAUUGCACCGGUGUUAGCGGAACACACUUGCUUCCAAGAGAUGGACCAAAGCCAGACUAUUUCUUUCACGAGCACUUAACAAACGGUGGGCAGGAAAGCUGGGCUCAGAAUGUACCUGGUUUGGGAUUUGGCUUUGUACGACCCUCGGGGCAGGGGUUGCCCUCUGUGGUGCAGUGCUUCACUGGGCCACCCUUCUCCUGCUCUCUCUAAGCGUGUAAAUGCCCGGGAGGAUCGUGCCAGGUGGGUCUAUCCCCUAGACUGGUUUGUUCAGCUUCUGCGAGCACGCUGCCUUUGUGCUAAAGUGUAGCUUCUGAUUCUACUAUUUUGGGAAUUCUCAGGGUGAAAUCAUAAGACUUGGCUCUAGGAAAAACUUUUUUUUCUUUCCUAAAAAAUCUCAUCUUAUUAAGAGUAGAAAACUUUUAAGUAGCUUGUUCCAUCAUGCAAAGCUUGUCACAUGGGGUCUGGUUUGGAGCUAGGGUGGGUCUCACGCUGUGAAUACAGAGUACGGGAUCGCUGCAGGCUGUAAGCCUGAGGGAUAAUAGAGCAUCGUAGCAGUGUAACGGGGCAGCCACGCCUGUGAAACGCAAAGAGCUCCCAUCGACCUUUAAGGGAUGAAGUCAGUGUGUUGCUCUGAAGACAGAACGAAGCCUAAUACCAUCACCAGUCAGCAAUAGUUUUGUGCCAUAUGAUUCCUUUUUAAUCUUCGACUGUUCUAGAAAUUGCACGUGCACAUUUUGACUAGUGAAUUACCUGACUGCUUGUUCUUUGUACAUCCUGUACAAUCCCUGCACAAGCUGCAGUUACCCUCUUUGUAAGGUUUUAUUACUGCAAAUGUUUCCAUGUUUGCCUACACAAUUGCCAUUGGAAGAG